AAAAGAGCAACAAAAAAUCUGGCCAUCGUGAUAAAAUAUUGUGUUGAUGAUAAAGGAAAAACUUGAUAGACAAUUAGAUCUAGAGUCUACAUGUAGCCUAUUUUCUAUAUUAUUAUUAUGUGUUCGCGAAAAAGAUGGAGAUGUGCGACAGGUCAGUCAGCUUUCCGUAUUCAGUUGGAUAUGCAAUAUACAGGGAAAGGACCAUCAAGAUUAACAGAGCUUCCACGCCAUUUGUUAAACAACAUUCCAGAAGGAAAUGAAGUUGUUGACAUAAUAUUUGCACUUGAUCGUCUGAGUGUUCAGAAUUGUACAGAAAGAAACGUGAAUUCUGACCCUAAUAAUGAUGAGGCUUUCAUUUAUUUGAAGAAAGUGCUGGGGUUGUUGAUAAGUUAUGAGCCCAGGCGACCAAACAAUACAGAAGUCCAAGCAACUGAUGAGGGUCAGGACAAGUUUGCCAGGAGCUUUGCUAAUCUUGGAGGCAUUGAGAUUAUGAUAAGGUUUUUGAUGGCAGGAACAGUUUUACCAAAGCUUGCAUUCAAUCGAACAGAAAAGAAAACACCAGUUUGUGAACAUCCAAGGGCACUAAGAAUCAAGAGCCUGGUGCUGGAAAUACUUAUAAAACUUAAUACAGGGUGUGUCGCUGAAAAGGCACUUUCAAAAGAACUCUUUUGUGAUGAAACCAUGAACUACUUGUUCACAUUGUUGGCCACAAAAAAAACGUUUGUUAAUGCUUGUCAGUUAAUAGAAGAUAUCCUACAGCACAGGAAAGAUGUGUUGGAUUUACAUCGAAUCACUAACUUGCGUGCACUAGUGGCCUGUCUUGAUGAUUCACAGCUGGCAAAUUUCUGCCGAAUACUGGCCGUUGCAAUUUCUGACCUAGAUAUCUACGAAAACAAGUCCUCCUUAUUUGCCCAAAAUAAACAGAAGAGAUCUAAAGGGUUUGUAAAUUUACGAGACAUUAACCAAGAGCUAUUGUUAAGCAUCCCAGACUUGUUACCGCGACUUGUACAGAUUGCAAUUAGCAAAGAAUAUACACCACGCUACAGAGGAAUGCCAAGUGAACUGGACUGUUGGAUGGAGUGGAUUGACAACCAAAUGGCAGAUGAAGUCUACGAACCUCAAGUUGCUGAUGAUUAUGAUGACUUUGUAGGAGGUGUAUCAGAACCUACAUCUGAAGGUCAGCCAAUGAUUGCCCAGCAGGCUUUGACAAUAACUGAAGAACUGGUCCAGAGGGUAGAAGUUGUCUAUGUAUUAGGUCUUUUUCUUCUUGGCAAACACAGGAAAAAGGUGCAAAGAAAACUAGCUGAACUGAAACUAGCAUCAGGGCUGAGUGAUUUGUUUGAUCAGUUUAUAUGGAAGUGUCAAGUUGGUCGUUCACAAACAAGACAUCGUUUGAGGGGGCAUAAUUCAUCCUGUGAAUGUAGUCCAGAAGUUGCUCUAAAGAUUCAAUUUCUGAGACUAGUACACAGUUUCUGUGACCAUUCUGACUACAAACACUUGUUGUUAUCAAAGAGUGAAUUAAAUGAAGUCAAGAAAAUCAAUGUUCGUGCUGGAGGAUUGACACUGCAAAGUCUGGAUGCAAUAAACAAGCAACUCAUGUGCAGAGGGUCCAAAGGUCUCCUCACAAAGAUUGUUGAGGUGAUGAAGAAGGAACCAACUACCUCGACCUUCAGGUUAUGGUUUUGGCUGGCCAGAGCUGUAGAAAGCUAUUUGCGAGGGGACACAUCCUAUUGUGAUCAAAUAUUUUUGAUGAGACGUGGCCUGCUGGCUCAUGUGGCUGGCAACAUUGUGGAGAGUGAGAUCAGACACAAGGAGAUCCUGCAGAGCAGCUUUGACCUGCUGGGGGAGCUCAUCAAGUUCAACAUAGAGGCUUUCAAGGCAUUUGACGCCAUACUGGCCAGUGAAGACAAGUUUGAUAAGUUUGUCACAAUGGUCAACAAAAGUUUGGUGGACUCCAACAUGUUCAUACGCAGUCUGAUUCUCUCCCUGGAGAACUUCAGAGCAGAAGGAUCAGAAAAAUCGCUAAACUUUGUGACAUCCUUGGAUGGAGAGAGAGGAGAAAAGCGAGAGAGCCGACUAGUGAGCUAUAUUGGAGACUUCAGCAAACAGCUGGAGUACCUGUACAAGCUGAUCAAUAUCAUCAGUGUCCAGAAUCUCACUCAGGAGAAUGUCAGCUGCCUCAAUACCACACUGGUCUUUCUGAUGUUUGCAAACAAGCGCAAUCAGCUUCCAAAGUAUCUCCAGGCCCUGAGGGAUGAGCAAGAUGACGCCCUAGAAAAUGUGAAUGGCACCUCAAGUAUAUUACAGAAUUUUAGAGAUUUGUUGAUAUUUUGGCAAGAUCAUUAUUUACAUAAAGACAAAGAUUGUAGUGCCUUGGAAAAGAGCUCAAGAAUUAGUUUCGCCUAUUGGAAGACGACUGUGUCAAUGCUGGUCUCUGAGGAUAAGAGUUUGCCCACGUCAGUCAGCUACUAUAUCAACCCGUUACCUAGUGACAGGACCAACUGAAAGUGUUUUUGUUAAGGAACCUGGCUGGUUGUCCAGGCAAAACUUACAUCUAGAUAGUUCACUGCCUGUUUUUAGUGUCAAUAAAAUAAACAAAAUUUGCUGCAAUACUUUUCUCGAUACAGUGACGCAGUGUGGAUUUUAUUUUUUAAAAAAUUUUUUAAUCUUCAAUGGAUUCAGGAAAUUUUGAAAGUGAUGACCAUUGUACAUGUUUUAAGUAUGUGUUUGAUGUUUAUGUGUGAUACAUCGUUUCUGACUUUGUAAGAUGUGAUGAAUUGAGACUGUAGACUUGUAUCGACGCUGAAGCAUAUUUUGCAUUUUUCUGUUAUUGUGUCUCAUGGUGUGAAUAUAAAAAAAAAUAGAACAGUUACACAGUUAAGCAUAUAAAGGUUUUAAGUGGUGGAUAUGUGUGUCAGUAAUCAAAGUUUAAAGUAAUGGAAAGAGAGAACUCAAAACUGGUGCUUGUAUUCUUUUUUUUUUUUUUAUAGAAAACAUAUUUUGCAUUGACAGGAAACUAUUUUUGUUUCUUACGACUUGUCUGUUCUUUACACGCAGGUAUUUUUAAGAACAGGCAUUAGAACUGUAGUUGGAAUCAUCAAAUUUAGAUGUUUGGGUCCUUACAUAUGUUAGAUUUCAAAACAGAAUUGAAGGCAUUAAAAGUUGAGAUUUAAUCAUCCAAAAUGAUUAUAUGAUUAUUUUGCUGUCAUACACAGAAGCGAUAUUUGCUGUUUCAUUUUGAAGUUGAGCAUUGAAAGUUUAUUUUACUCAAAAUAAGUCUGUUGGUAGAAAAUUACAUAUUUGUAUACAUUUAUAUAUAUUUAUAAAUAUUACAGAUUUACAUUUUUUUAGAUCAGUUAUUACAACCAAAAAAAAAGUUAUUUGAUCUCUUGUAACUAUUAAUGUUUAGUUUGUAUGUAGACAUUUUUUUUUUGCAACAAAAAAUUUAAUUUUAAACUUGUGCUAGUAUCACUUAUCAUGUAUCAUGAUAUGAGUUGAUUAUCCUAGUGACAGGAUUUGUUUGCAGAAUACCUAGGUAGUGCCCCAACAAUUUUUUAUAAAUAAAAUUAAACUCCAUUGGGGUAGUAGCCUACCUACUGUGGGUAUUGUAACAUUUCUUAAGCUGUUCAUAUGAGCUCUGAAAUUAAAGAGAACAUUUACAAGUUUAAAAAAAUAAAUUACAUAUUUAGAUUCGAUUAGAUUUCAAUUCUAAAUUUCUAUUAGCCUCAAUUUAUUCCCACGACUCCUAUUUUUCAUUGGUGAAAUAUCAGGCGAUUAUUUAAAUAUUCCUAUAAAGUUUGAAAUUUUUUUUUUUAAAAAAACCAUUUGCUGUAAAAAUUUUGAAUGUUCCAUUUUUGUCAUAAACUAUUUUGUAGCAUUCUUAUUUUUUUAAAUCAUGUAAUUAAAUAAAGAGUUGGCCAGAUGUUUUAGACUAAUCUUGUAAAAUAGUUUGACCUGAGUAGCUACUAUAGUUUGCCAGACUGGAAUUGAUGACUGUUGUGUGCAAGUGAGAACUUAAGAAAGGAAUGAAGGAUGCUGCGUAUGCAUGUUGGCAAAUAUUGUUUGUACAUAAAUAAUCUUCUGGCCAAACCCUGAUUUUAUUUCUGUUGAUGUUAUUCUUGUGAAAUAUGAUAUUUUUUGUACAUAGUUUGAAAUUGUUCAGAGAAAGUAUUUGUUUAUGCUCAAAAGUUGUUCUUGUAAGAAGCUUAUCUUUUUUUUGUUUAUUUUUACCCAAUCUAUCAUUCUUGAUAGUUGUAUGUAAGUUUUUUGUGCAGCCCAUUUUUAUGUCAGGACUCUGUUAAGCUGUCUUUAAGUGUGGCAUAUACAAAAGAAGGAAAGAAUCAGUGCAGGGUAUGGUCUUGAUACUAGAAAUUGUAUACUCUGUGGCUACUAUGAAAUCCUUUUUUGCUGGACACCAUUUCCUAGCAGCCAUAUCAAUGCAAGAUGAGCUUAUACUAAGGAGGUCUUCAGGUGUCUGGUUUGAUUUUUUUUUUUUUUAAACUAAUUUCUGAUUCUCCCAUGAAGCACUGGAGCUUGAUAGACUUCAAAGAGUUGUUCACAAACUCAUUUUUUUGUGUAUUAAUCUUAAAGAAGAAUUAGAUUGCAGUGACAGAUACUUCAUUUUUAAUAUAUAUUUUAGGGGGCUGAGGGCUUAGUACUGCAUUUUUGUGUCUAUAUUUGCCAGGAUUUUCCAACACAUUGGGCAAGCUUUUCCAGCUUGGGGCCCGUUUUCUUGUUCUUUGUGAUUUUCGGACCAGUACUUGCCAAGAUGCCCUAUCAUUUGCUCCCUUCUCUCGGGUGUCGGGUCCAGGCUCUCAGGAAAGUUUUUACGGUGUCAUUGAAGUCUUUCCUUUGACCACUCUGAGCUGGCUUUCCCUCUGUUAGCUGGCCAUGCAGGAGUUGUCCUUUAUGUGUAGUGGAGACUACAUCAGGAUUCUGCUCUAUGCUUUUGGUACAUCUUGCCAAUUAAUUUUCAUAGCACUUCUGAGGCAGACCAUGUGUAAGUUAUUUGAAAAGACAUCUGCACUUGAUCUUAGUGCCAACAUUGUCAGGCUUAAAUAACAAAGUGGCAAGAAUUUGUUUCCUUUUUGUUUGAAAGUCUCGUAUUCUUAUAAAUUAAUGAAUGAACUUUUUAUAUCUAUUAUAUUUAAAUGAUAGCAUUUUGUUCUAGAACCAUUACUUGGUUGAUUGAUUCCUGUUUUUGUAUUUACAAAAACAAAAAAGGUUAAAGGUCGAUUUUUGUUUCUGUUUUAUGAUAUGUCAGAUGUGUCUUACUAUUGCCCUGCAGGUUACUGCUAGUCUAAUUGCUGGAGCAUUUUGUGUACCUCAUUUGCAGUGUUUAUGUUUGACUGUUUAGUUAGUUCAGCACUGUGAAGCCUACAUUAUUACCUCCCAUUAUUUAAAUGUGUAUGUAUGUGUGUUCAUUAUCAUCAUCCGUCCUUGAAGUUCCUCAGGGAACAUAAGGGCCUCAGUAGAAAUAUGCCACUCUCCAUGGUCUCUCUUGCUACUCUUUUAAUUGCUUCCCAGCUCUUUCCUGCACUCUUUAACUUACACUGCAUCAUCAUGUUCCUUUUGCUCUUCCUCUGAAGCUUGUGCACUGUUGGUUCCACUCUAAGGUGUGUCUAGCUCUUUUGUUGCCAUUUUUUCUUAGGGUGUGACCUCCCCAAUCUGAGGCCUGUCUAGCUCUGUUGUUGGCAUUUUUUCUUAAGAUGUAACCAAUCCAUCUCCCCAAUCUGAGGCCUAACUAGCUCUGUUGUUGGCAUUUUUUCUUAGGGUGUGACCAAUCCAUCUCCCAAAUCUAAGGUCUGUAUAGAGCUUUUCUUAGGAUGUGAGUAAUCCAUCUCCACUUUCUAAGAUCUGCACCUCUAUCUCUCUGUUUGCACACCACCCUGAGUUUGCAGUUUUCUAAUUUUGUCCUAUCUCUGUAUUUUCAAGAAGUUUCUCACACAUCUGUUAAUUAGGGUCUGUUGAUUUGUUGUUGUUUUUUUGUUUCAGUUGUUCUGUAUGUUACAGCCCCAUGUAGUAGGUCUGCCUUGACAUUAAAGAUUGUUGUGUGUUUGGUAGGAGGGACAUAUUGUAUGUCUUCACUUCUACCUCCCCCCUGAAUCAGUUGCUGUGCAUCUAAUUGGUUUUGAAUUCCUGUUUUGUCUGUACAAACUUGAUGUCACAUCACCUUUUAUUUACUGCUCGUUUUCAUUCUGCUACAUAAUUGACAUUUUUUGUUGUUGUUUCAAAAAGUUAGUUUUAACCACCGUUGAUGAUUGAUCCCCACUUCUUCAUACUUUUUAAAGAAGCUUAGGUCAGCAAUGAAUAUCACUUCCCCUUAUUUUGGUAUUUUAAUUUGGUCACAAUUAGGCAGUGAAUUCUUAAAAAAAAAAAAACAACAUAGCAAGCUUAUAAACAAAACCUAGUGCUGUACAUAAAGUAAAGUUGUCUACUAAACAAGUUUUGUAUUGAGAAUUAGCCAAUACAUUGUUGUUGUUUUUUUUACUGUUAACUGGUAUGUGAACCAACAGAUGAAAAUUAUGCAUUAAAAGGGGAAGUUAUGCUGACACCAAAUGAUAGUUCUGUGAUCAGUUGGCAUUUACACUCAUCCUAAGGUUCUGAAAUUGUUUUGAAGUAUUCAAUGUCCCUGUCUCCACUCCCAUUCUUUUGUUAUGUUAAUAUCUGAAUAGUCCUCCAACCAUGUACCCUUGUGAUGUAGACAUCAUUAAUCGAAUCUCUUGAACAGUGAGCCUCUUGUAUUGAUUUUAUAUUACUUGUCAUUAUUUAUCAUGUUUUUGUUUAAUAUCUGAGUAUGUCUGUUAUGUUGAAGGGUAGGGUUAAAGUGAUUAACAGGACAGUCAAAUAUCUGUAUAGGGUUAUAAUAAUUUGUCAACUUUUUUUCCUUGUAUGGUAAGCAUUUUCUGGUGGAUAAGUUCACAAGAAUCUUAGAUUUUUACAGAACUAGAAAUAAGUUUCAGACUUUGUUAAUGAAUUUGUUCUACAUAUUGGCGUCAAACCGGGUUAUUCAAUCAAAUUGAAAAAUCACCAUGAAUUUUAAAACUUUUUAAUGUCUUAAACUUGAUACUUAAUUUUGAUUUAGAAUUGUAAUUAUAAUACAUAGACCAGGCUUUUAAUGUUGUUGUUUUUUUUUCACUGCAAUCAAGUUCUGGAGGAUAUAUUUGUUAACAUAUGUAAUGUAUUUUGUACUGUUUAUAGAUCUCAGAUAGAAUUCUAAUGGUAUCAUUAACAUUUUAGAUCAUAUUGAAAAAAAUUACAAUUACUUAGAAUGAAUCUCUACUUUUUUAAAUAGACGAAAUAUAUUCCAAAGAUUAAAAAAAAACAAGUUUGUCCUCAAGCUUACUUACUCAUAGACUAAAAGAAAAUAACAUUUGUAGCUAGAAAUUUAUUGAGAAAAACUUGGGUUUAGUCGUUGUGUAAAGUAUAUUGAAUUCAGAAGAGAAGACAUGUCAACUUUUAACUGCUGUCAUAUUGACAUCUUGUGAUAAUGUCACAAAUUGUUUUCAGUAAAUGGCAACAUAAAAAAAAUUGUACAUACUAGACUUGUAGUCUAAUUGUUUGCACUGGCCUGCAUAUCUUUUGAUUCAUUUUUUUGUGUGAAUGUUUUAAUAGCAGCUGUCUCUAUAAGGGUGAAGUGAGUAUGUGUUCCAAUUGUACAAUUAUUUAUAUAUUUUUUUUUUUUGGUAUAGUUGUGAGUUGAGGCUUGCAAGUGCUGCUCCCUGAUUGAUAGAAUUCUGAGAUCAACUAACUCUUGACAAUAAAUAUUUAUGAAACAAAAAUAAAAUGCAUUUACACAAUGUU